UGGCUCAUCAUGACCUGGAGAACACCCUGAACUGCAGCUUCAUUGAACCACCUUCUGUGGUGGAUCAGCCGUCGCCCUCCUGGUCGUCCAGGGGCUCCUUCUCUUCCUUCGAUACCACAGACGAAGGACCCGUCUACUGUGUGCCCCACGAAGAGAGCACGAGCGACCCUAAGGAGCGUGUCUCAGCCCCGAGCAGCACCCUGGAGAAGGCGCCGCAGCCGCUGCGCAAAGGGCCGGCGGCGGAGGCGGAGGAGGCUGGCGAGUACACCAUGCUGAAGGAGAACCCCCCGGGCCCAGCAGACAGCGGCGAGGCGCCCCUGCUCAAGUCCUCGGACAGCGAGCGCUCCUCCUGCGGCUCCGGCUCGGUCAGCGGCGCGCUCUACGCCCGCAUCGCGCGCCUCUCCAGGCAGUCCCGGGAGGAGGAGGAGGCCCCGGUGGCGGAGCCCCGGUCGGCCAAGCCCCCCUCCCCGGAGCGGGCCAAGCCGCCCCCGCCGGACCCCUCCACCAAGCCCAAAGUCUCCUGGAUCCACCACAAGUACAACGCGGCCCAGAGCAACACCCUGCCGGCCCCGGGUGCGGCCGAGCUGCAGGCGGAGCGCCGGCCCGGCCCCUCCAAGCGCAAGAGGAGCCCCGGCGAGGUGGCACGGGCCAAAGAGAGGGCCCCCCGCCCCCCCCAGGAGCCCGGCAGCCCCGAGGGCCCACCCGGCCCCACUCAGGCCAGGCAGCGCAGCCGGACCGGACCGGAGCCCGCCGAGAACCUCAACGGUGCCCUGCACUCCGCGCUCAAGAGGAUGGGGGGGCCCGGUGUGGAGAGACGGCCGGCCGAGGCACCCCGGAGCCCCGCGCAGCCCAAGGCACCACCCGGCUUCUCCGCCGAGGCCGCCACGCUGCUGGCCGCGCAGCUAAAGGAAAAGACCCAGAGCCUCCAGCGGGGCGAGGCAGGCGCGCGGCCCAACGGCAUGAGCCCCCUCCCGGCCCAGCGGGAGAAGCCGGCGCCCCCACAGAAGGCCAGGCAGGCGGGCACCGCCCCAGGGCAGAAGGCCGGCAAGCCGCUGCUGCCCACCUCCGCCCCGCUGCAGAAACUUUCCUCCCAGCAGAGGCUGUCCUACACCAUCCUCAGCGACCUGUCCUUGGCCCUCCUGGACGGGACCGUCUUUGAGAUCGUGCAAGGCCUGCUGGACAUCCAGCAUCUGACCGAGCGAAACCUCUACAACCAGCGGCUCAAACUGCAGAUGGAGCAUCGAGCCCUCAAGCAGGAGGUCCUUCGCAAACACAAGGAAGACCAGCAGAGUUGCCAGCCGCACAACCUGCCCCUCCUGAAGGCCGCUCAGCAGCGAGAGAUGGAGGCCGUGGAGCAGCGGAUUCAUACCGAGCAACGGAUGAUGGACGAGAAAAUAGUCCUGGAGCUGGAUCAGAAAGUGGUGGACCAGCAGAGCACCCUGGAGAAAGCUGGCGUCUCUGGCUUCUACAUCACCACCAGCCCCCAGCGUAUGGCAUCUGCAGAGGUCACCCAAUCACUGAUACACAAUGAUAUCUGGUCCUCAGGCCCCAAGGCUCCCCGGGAACAUGGAGCAGGGCCAGGCUGGUGCAAGGAGGAAAGUGCUGGAUGA